AACAUAUUUGCAGCAAAAAUAAAAGUUUUUCUUGAGUUUUUAUUUCUUCGCGGUUAAUUUUUGUGGUUUUUAUAAAAACGUAUUGUUUAUUAAUUUCGUGUAUUGAUUGUUCCCGAAAAAUGUCAACUUUUUUAAGUUUGAUCAAUAAUUUAUGUGCAGAAUUGCGUUCGGAAAAAGUUACGACCCGUAAUAAAGCAGCCGAGCAGUUGGAUGAUCAUCUCAGUUCCUCGAAAAAUGAACUUUUUGCGCAGCUAGAUAAGCGCAAUGAUAUGGAUGUUUCAUGGACUACCAUCUUUAAUAGUGCUAUAGAUGCCACCAUAAAACAUGCCAUUAAGGUGGAUGAAGCAAAAAAUUCGAAAAGUUAUCAGACAAUGUGUAAUAAGAACUAUGUUUUUGCGGCCAUUGUCCAGAAAUUGAUCAAUUAUAAUUUGGAAGAUCCUGAACAUUUGUUUUCCAAAUCUACACUAUUUAAUGCUCUCCAGGAGGGUUUCAAAUCUCGUCCGGCACUUGAGUAUUUUAGUGAUACAUUUUUGAAAAUUUUAAAUGAAGCUCUUUUUAAGUCGCCGGUAUAUGUGCGUGAUAUAAAACUGAAUGAAUUUAGUAUUAUUUUAUCCUAUUUGUUUGAAAACAAUUUGGAAAGCAAUAAUCUUUUUCUAUUCGCGUCUUUAAAAUCUAUUAAUAAAACGAUUGAACUUUCUCAUGAAUAUGUACAAAUGAGUGCUGAUGUCAUUGCCUAUUUUCCGGAGGUUAAAGAUUUUGCUCGCAAAGCUAUUAAGGAUUCACAAAAGGCCGAUAUUAUAAAGUUGUAUUAUUUAAUGGUUUCUCAGCAUUCCGUUGAUUAUCACAAUGUCAUCUGCAAUGGUCUUCAAGAGUUAUUGCCCAUUAUAAUAGGGUUUUAUCAAAUUGACAUGAAAGCUGAAUCAAAGGAACUUCUUUUUCAAUCUGUACUAAUAUCACUACAAACUCUGUAUCCCUAUAUAAAACAAGGCAAUACCAAUACCAUCAACAUAGUACUCUGUGAUACUUUGCCAAAAACUUUAAGAAAAAUAAGAACUAUGGUGGAUAUGGAAAUCAAAGAAAGAAGUAAAAGUUUUUAUCAACAAAGUCGUUUCCAACAAAACGAUAGAUAUCUAAAGAUUUUUAUUAAAAUGUCGGCUUUAAUAAUAUAUUUGAUCAAUUGGCAUUUUGAAAACAAUUCAAAGCCUCAAAAUGAAGAAGAAGAAGAAACCAUGGCUUCAAGAUCUAAAAUAUCCAAACUGGAAGACCAAUUGGAAGUUUUAUUAAAUUUAGUGCAAAAUUCUAAAGGGGAAUUUAAUGAGAUUUGGUUAUCGAUUUUAGCAGAAUUGGUCAGAGAAAUCCCAGACGUUAUAAAUAUAACCAAUUAUCAGCCUUUAUUAUGUUUAAAUCUUAAUAUUUUAAAAAAUUAUAAAAAUAACAAAAAUCUUAAAAGUAUACGUUUAUGUUUAACCGAACUUUUAAGUAAAGAGAAGCAGUUUGUUGCUAUAAAAUCUAUACCGCACAACUAUGGUCAAGAGGAAUGGAUUAAAAUAGUUAAAAUCCUAAUAACCGAUACCUCCUCUGACAAUGAAAUUAUAACUGAAAAACAAUUAACAUUGCAGCAGCUCAUUAAACAUCAUAAACUAACGGCGGAGGAUUGUACUCAAUUAGUUAAUUCCUUUAUGACAAAUGCAGCCUUAAAACGUACUGAAUGUGUGUUAACUAUACAAGAUAUUCUUAAACAGGCCGAUGUUAUGGGUUUGGAUAAAACCUCGCCUCUUAUAGGGCAAACCAUACAAUGGUUGUACGGUGAAAGAGACAAAAAUGAAGCUAAAACCAUUUUGUUAAAUAUAGAGCCCGUUAAGCCUGCAUUGAUAGCAGAAACUUGCGCCAUAGCAGUUAUAAAUUUUCUAGAUGAAACAACAUUGAAAACCUCUACCUCAACAGUAACACCAAAGGAAAAAAGUCCUACUUUAGAAAUGUUGCAAUUUAAAUAUAAUCGUAAAUUUCUAUGCCUCGAAAGACAUGGCAAACUUGUUAAAAGUAUACAACAAAAACAAAAUAUCUGCAAAACCAAUGAACAGAAAAAUUGUUUAUUUCAAGCCAACUAUGAACUGCUAAUGAGAACUUUAAAUUUUGAAACUUCCAAAGGCACCACUUGCAAAGAUAUUAUUUUAGAUCUACAGUCGUUAUUGAAAAUUUCCUUACUCAUGGAGUCUUUAUUAAGGUUUGAGGUUUUUGACGAUUCUACGUCUUCUUUUAUGCAAUGUCCUUUGAUAAAACGUAUUGGUUUCUUUUUGAGUCAUUUAGAGUUACAAUUUAAAAACAAUUUACCCAAAAAUAUGGAGCGUUCCAUCUUGUGUGAAGUUUUAAAUAUUUUAGAUAAUGUCAUUGUUUGUUUUACCAGCAAUGAGUGUCUUCUGCAGUAUUUGGAGAAACAACCCAUUGAGGAAAUGGUACAAUUUUUGGGAGCUACUUUAAAAUUGAGUGCUAAAAAACAAACUCAACAAAGAGAAUUUGAUGACUGGACCAUUGUUACCGAAACUUGUUUAAGACUCUUAGCUACAUUAUGUGCUAGUACCUCACAUUGGAAUGAAGCAUUCGAACAUAUUACAUCAUUUUGUUUUAAUAUUAAAAUACAUAAAAUAAUUAUACUUAGACUAACUAAGAUCUUUUGUUUACAAAAAUCUCACUACAAAGAAAUUGGUCAUUGGUUUGUGGAACAUUUGAAAACUAUAUUUAAGCUAUAUCAUACAAAUAUCGAAAUAAUGAAUGAUAUAGUUGAAAUGUUGCCAGCUAUUUUCGUUUAUAUCCAACAAUAUGAUGACUGUCUCGAUAACAUGCUGGUGGCCAUGUUUGGUUUAUUCAAAAUCUCUUUUCGUAAAUCAUAUUCUGUUCAAUUGACUACAAAAAUCAUUAAUAGUGUUUGUUAUAUUGUUCGUGAUUGUCGUGAUAUUUAUAUACAGGAUAAUUUUCGUAAUAUAUGUUUAUCUGUUGUUAAGUUUUUACCCUUUACCUCGUUGGAAGUACAAUAUGCCGCCAUUAAUACGCUAACUUCUUUAAUGGAUAUUAAUUGGUUGAAAAAUUCUAAAUGUGAUAUAGAAAUUUAUUAUGAUUUUUGUGAAAAUAUUUAUGAAACAAUAGAAUGGAAAAAACUACAAGUGCCCGCAGCACAAGCUGAAGGUCCUGAUCAAUUACAAAAUAGUAUUGCCUUAAAUGUACAAUUACUGGUGUCACUAUUGGCAUUUAGUUGUUAUCAUAGAGAGAAUGCUUUACAGGAAUUGUCAUUUGUAUGUGCUCUGUACAAGUUAACAGAGGCUGAUCUUAAUGAAUUCCAUGGCAUUGCCACUUUUUAUAAUACCUCUUUGAGGGAUGUGAUAAAACCCUGUAUUUCAAGCGCCAUACAUACAUGGAUUUCAAAAUCCUAUCCGAUUUUGAAAUUUCCUUUUUAUCUGUGCUAUAAAAGCAAACACGACUUUGUAGCAGACAAUUUAGAAGAAAUUAUUACUUGUUUGUUGAUAUAUGGCAAAUCUGCAGAUUUAACAAAACUCAAGGACUAUGGAUCCCAAGCAGAUCUUUUGAAGAUUGCUAUACCCAUUUUACGUGCAUUUAUCUUAAGCUCUCAAUGCCCAGCCAAUACCAAUUCCGAAUUUAAAAAUAAUAUUAAAAAUGUAUUAAGUUUUGAUUUGCAAAAAAUUAAAAAUGAAGCAAAUACAUGGAAAAUAAUGUUCACCCUAGUCGAUAUUUUAAAAGAUGAUAAACAUUCACGUAGUAUGGCAGGAUUUCCUAUAUUUUUUCAAACAACUAAAUGGUAUAAUAUUGAUUAUAAGUGCCUGCAAUCGGUGUUAAAUUUGUAUAUAAACAACAGCACCAAUGAACCAAAACCUGAUAUUCUUAAGUAUUUCAUUUCGAAAUACCCCCUACGUUUGGUAAAAACUUUUGGAGCUUUAAAGAAAAGCUGUAGUGAAUGUAUUUUUCCCAUUGAUUCUUUAAAACAAUUUUACAAGUUUUAUAGCUUAGCAGACAUGGUCUUGGACACUUUGCAGCACGCCUCCAUAGCAGUAAAUCUUGCAAAUUAUUUUACUCGUGAUAUAAUAUACUAUUGCCUACAUUGUAUGGAAACGGCUGCCUUAAAAGAUCUCCAGAUAUUAGCAUUUAAAGCCUUGGAAAAGUUUCUAGACAAAGUGAAACAUUUCAAGGAUAUUGAGCAGUUAAUGGAUAAACAUUUAACUGCUAUAAGCAAAACUAUAGUACAAUUAUAUAAAAAUACCUCUUGUUUAGAGACUAAAGAGAAAGCUGCUGAAGUUUGUGAGCAUUUAAUACAAAAUUAUAAAAACUCCAUAAAAGAUAAGGAAAUUUUAAAAAAUGAGUUUUCCGUGGACGAAAAAUUUGCUAAUAUAAUUGCUAUUUUGGAAACAUUGCCAGAUAUAGGUGAAAAUUCGAAUGAUUGGCAGAAUUUCUUUAAAAUAUUUUUGGAAAAUAAAAAUUAUACAGUGGAUAAUUUGAAAAUGUUGCAGCAACAGAUUUCAAAAUCUAAACGUCUUCUAGCCAAUGACAGUGCUUUACUUUAUCGUUUAAUAAGACAUCUUUUGCAAAUUGUGCGAGAAACUCAAGUUAAUGCAAUUAGUUUAGAGGCUCUUAAGUGUUUGGGUGAAAUAGGUCCUUUAAAUUUAAACCAAAUUUCUUAUUACUUUGAAGCUGACUUUUGUACAGAGGAGCAAACUGAUGAUAUUUUACAAAUCCAGCAUUUUUACAAAGCUAUUUAUUUAAUAUUAGAGAAACUUUUAGAUACAUUCCACUAUACUACCCACUCUUAUGUAGUUGAAGUUGCUCAAUAUUUGGUAAAUUCGAAACAUGGUCAGGAUCUAUUAGAAAACUUUCCCUACUUUUCGGUAUUUCAAUCUGAUCUCAGUCUCAACUAUUUGGAUAACUAUGACAGUAUACCCGCAUUAGAUUGGCUAAGUACUCUCAAAACAACAGAAUCUUAUGAUUAUGAACAAUGGAUUUGUAAAUUUAUUUCUCAAAUCUAUCAACAAUGUAAUUGGUUACAAUUUCAAGAAUUAGCAGCCAAAGAUACAUAUUUUGCAGAACAUUCUUUAAUACCAUUUAUACGAUUAUUGCUGCAGUGUUCGGAACAGCCACAUAUGAAUACGAUUUUAAAUAUGUUGGAAUAUUUCUUUGAAGAAUUUCUACAGCAUCAUACUGCAACAAAUGUUAGUGAAUUGAAAAAAGUCUUCAAAGAUAAACGUGUUAUAAAUAUGAUAUUAAAUAUAUGUGAAUGUAUACGUGUUAAUAAUAAUUGGAACUUACCUUUGAAACUGCUUAACGUGGCCCUGGCCUGUAAUUAUUGCCAAGCUUAUUUCUUAUCAAUUAUCUAUUUAGAAUUAUGGGCUAUAGAGGAACAGGAGCAAAAACCACAGCCAGGCGCAAUUGGUAAAACAAGGGUAGAGAUUAUGUCAAAUCUUCACUUUCAGCAGAUAGCCAGAAAGGCUUAUGAUUCCAUUGGUUGUAAUGAUGCCAUUUCUGGUUUUAUUAAUCCUUUAAAUUCUCGUUUGGAUUAUUUAAAUCUCACCAAUAAUUGGUCUGAUAUACUCAUCGAAUCGAAUGAUAUUGCCACCAAUAGUAAUGCCAACUAUCUUUGCAAUACGAUCUUAAAACGUAAUGGCAUGUUUAAUCUGGUCAAUGGAGAUGUAGAUAAAUCUUCGGUAGAUUAUGAAAUCUGUUGGCGUUUAUGUCGUUGGGAUACCGUAGUCGAGGGUCAUUCCAAAGUUGAUACUUUAAAUGAUAUGAAAUAUGAAUUUGAAAAACAUCAUUUUAAUGCUUUAAAAUGUCUCUAUAAUAAAGAAGAAAAUAAUGCAUUGGCCGCUAUAACAAAGUCUAGACAUUGUGUUUUGAAUAUCUUGAAAGAAAUCAGUGUGGAAUGUUUGCAAAGUGUUUAUAAAUAUAUGACCUGGUUACAAUUGUUGCAGCAAUCUGAAGAUUUUUGUUUGAUUCAAUUUUCAAAAUCCGUGCCUGUGGAACAAAUAUUCGAAAAAUGGCAAUUGGAAGCGAAUGAUUUACUUUAUGGUAACUUUUCUUGUAAAGAACUGAUAUUAUCGCAUCAAAUCUCAUUGUUUCAAACUGCUGGUAUAAGAGCUAACCGGAAAAUUAAUGAGUUUUAUAAGGAAAAUCCCAUUGAGAAAUGUCUGCUAAAAUGUGUACGGGAUUGUAAAGCUGCUGGAGAAAUUAAUUUAGCUAAACGUUAUAUAGCGAUAUUGAAAAAUAUGCCCAUAGAUAAUGUACAGUUAAAGGUCUGUGCUUUAUUAGAAAAUGUUGAUAUUUGUAUGAAAACCGAUAAACCUGAAAUUACCAAAGCUAUUCUUCACCAUAUUUUCAAAAAUAAAGAGUUUCAAUUCUGCCUACAACGUGUCACCGCCAUGCAAAUGAACGGAGAAUAUUUAAUGGAAACUAAUACCGAAACUUUUGAUAUUGUUUUAAAUAAAUAUUUUCUGGGCUCUUUGGAGGCUUUAAAGAAAUUUGAUAGUACCAAAGAGGCGAUAUUACAAAGAUAUCCCAAACUUUUUGAAUUGAGUGAAUUUGCCGAAUUUGAAGAGAAAAGUAAAAAGAGUGCUUAUGAAAUUAUAGCCAAAUAUGCAGAUAGAGAAUAUACACAGUUAAAUACCUAUAUAAAUUCCGAUGAAUUCAACAUGAAACGUCAAAUUAUGGAACUCAAUCGUCAAACGGCCAGUACGGUGGGUAGACAGGUGCGAGAUCGUGACAAGCAAAUAAGUGCCAAUUUUAUGAAGAGAACUUCUAAUAUCGAUGAACAAGAAAUACAAUUAAUGGAACAAAAACUAACCACUUAUUUAUGUGUAGCGGUGGAGAAUUAUAUUAAAUACACCUGUCUUGAUGCAGCCAUAACAAGUCCAGUUAUUUAUCGCAUUAUAGGUUUAUGGUUUGCCAAUAAACAAAACGAAACUUUACGUACAAAAAUCCAGGAAAAUAUUUCCUCUGUACCCAGUUAUAAAUUCAUUUGUGCUUUAAAUCAAAUGACUGCACGUUUGAAUUCUAAAAAUUCCGAAUUUAUUACUCUACUCAAGGAUAUUAUGAUACGUUGUGUCCAAGAACAUCCUCAUCAAACUCUAUAUCAAUUAUAUCCCAUUGUUUAUGGUUAUAUUGAUGGUACGGAAAAUAAAACCGAUUAUCGUUCAAAAAUUGCUCAGGAUAUUAUAGCAAAAGCUAAAAAUAAAACAAAUGCAAAUAUAAUUAAACAAUUGGAAAGUGUUAUACCAGCUCUUAUUGAUUUUGCCAAUACGGAAAUAUCUGCCGACAACAAAACCAGUGCUACAACUUUAAGUGAUAAAUUAAGAAAGCAUAAAAACUUAGAUGCCAUUCAUUGUCCCACUAUUGAUUUGCCCGUACGAAAUGAUUUGAAAUAUACGAUUACCAGUAUUAUCAAAUGGGAUCAUCAGGUUUCUUUAGUGGGUGGUAUAAAUGCUCCUAAAAAAUUACUAUGCCUUUGUGCGGAUGGCCGAACAAGACCUCAAUUGUUAAAAGGCAAAGAUGAUUUGCGUCAAGAUGCUGUUAUGCAACAAGUAUUUUGCAUGAUUAAUAAUCUUUUAAAACAAGAACCGGCCGCAGUGGAACGUAAACUAUUAAUUAGAACAUAUAAAGUUGUACCAUUAUCAACCAGAAGUGGCCUCUUAGAAUGGUGUGAAAAUACUGUACCUAUUGGUAUCUAUUUAACAGCUGCACGUAAAAAAUAUCGCCCCUCCGAGUACAGUGUUAGCAGAUGUCGUCAGUUGGCUCAUACACAUCUAAAAGCCGCUCCAGAAAGACGUUUUGAAGUACACACUCACAUUUGCCAAAGUAUUAAUCCAGUAUUUCAUUAUUUUUUCUUUGAGAAGUUUUCAAGACCUGGCAUAUGGUUUGAACGUCGAUUGGCUUAUAUAAACAGUGUGGCCACCACUUCUAUGGUAGGCUUUAUAUUGGGUCUAGGUGAUCGUCAUUUACAAAAUAUACUUAUCGAUGAAAAAACCGCCGAAGUAAUACACAUCGAUUUCGGCAUAGCAUUUGAACAGGGUAAAAUAAUGCCAACACCAGAAACUGUACCAUUUCGCUUAACACGUGAAAUUGUAGCGCCCAUGGGUAUUUGUGGUGCCAAUGGUGUUUUUAAGAAAUCUUGCGAAACUACCAUGACCAUUUUGCGUAAACAUCAAGAUGUUAUCACCACUAUUUUGGAAGUUUUACUCUAUGAUCCAUUAUAUAUAUGGAAAGUUAUACCACAAGUUGAUGAUGAAAAUCAAAAUGUUAAUAAAUUGAACGAAGGCACAAAUUAUAUAGCUCAACGUGCUUUACUAGCGGUUCAGAAUAAACUUGAAGGUAAACAGAAGGGUAUUUUCGGUACAUCCAGUGUUGCUGUACAGGUGGAACGUUUAAUCAAUGAAGCUAUGAGUAAUCGUAAUCUAGCUAUGUUGUUUCCGGGCUGGGACCCAUAUUUAUAAAUGUUUGUUGUCGUUUAAAAGCUGUUUUUUAUAAUCCUUUUUUAUUAUUUAUAAUAAAAUCUAUAAAAUGA